AUAUAGAGGCAGAAUCUUCAUUUUCGUUAAAUAUGAACUUCAGCAGUAAACGAACAAAAUUUAAAAUUACUACAUCAAUGCAGAAAGACACACCACAGGAGAUGGAGCAGACCAGAAGUGCUGUAGAUGAAGACAGAAAAAUGUAUCUUCAAGCUGCUAUAGUCCGUAUCAUGAAAGCACGUAAAGUGCUGCGGCAUAACGCUCUUAUUCAGGAGGUAAUUAGCCAAUCAAGAGCUAGGUUUAACCCAAGUAUCAGCAUGAUUAAGAAGUGUAUUGAAGUUCUGAUAGACAAACAGUACAUAGAGCGAAGCCAGGCCUCUGCAGACGAGUACAGUUAUGUAGCAUGAUGUUGCUGACCUGCAGGUAUGAUUGUAAGGAGAUCAUUGCUGUCACUGUUUGGUGUGUUCCUGUGGGAAGAGGCAGGCCUGUGCCUCCAUAAUUGGUCACUUGGCAGCCCCUGUUUUUCUGCUGUUUACAACAUCACCAGUGCCAUGUCAUGAGCGUCAAUGAAAAUGCCUAUAGAUAUUUCGAGCUCAUGUCAUUAUGACAUUUCUUAAAACUUUACUAAAUGAAUGAGUGAAGUAUUGCUGAAAUGUGGAAAAUUGGUUGGGUACCAUGCUUUUUUUUUUUUUUUUCCCCUUUCACGUUUGCAGUUGAUGUUUUUUAAUGUAUCUUAAGACAAAGUUAAAAAAAAAAUACAAAAACCCUAAAUAUUGUAAUAUGACAGAUAACCUAAUAAUUGUAUCUACAUUAAAAUGUAAAAAAAAAGACGAACAUGAUACUGCUGCUUGUCAAAUAAAAAAAUAAAGUUA